GGCCUGUCUGUUUAGCUUGGGUUUCAUGCAUCUCCAGCCUUGACAGCGAAUAGUUAUCUCAGUACAAUGACUCGGUAACUUUUGUUGGAUACUUAACAAACCUCGCUCAUUUUCAUUUGAGGGGUACUUUGUCGAAACUAAAGGAAUCAGAGUUCAGGUUUCUGAUUCUGUACGUCGGCACGGACCGGGACACUCUUCUGUGUAAACUAUCGGAGAAUAUUGCAGCCCGUGAUGUUUAACCCGCACAUCCAUCAGCAACAUCAGCAGCAGCAACAUCAGUUUCACCAGCACCUCCGACAGCUGCAACAACUUUUCCAGCAGCAGCCUCCGCCGCCUCCUCCGCCGCAGCCGCCUCCGGCGCACCAUGUCCCGCAUCACCACCAAACACCGCGAGCCAUUCCUGUCCCUCCUCAGUCAGCCCCUCCUCCUCGGAUGGUCAACUUGUGUCAGGCGACACAGACAACCAUCAUCGCCCCCAAUCCGAUGCUGCAGGGUGCUCUACUGAUGCAGCAGAUGCAAGGUAUGCAAGGCAGCAUGCGGGGCUUCGGGAUGGGUGGCCAACAGUUCCGACAGUUCUUCACCGCAGGGACCAGGUCCUCCCUGCUCGGGCCAGUUCCCAUGGGGAUGGCCAUCAAGUCCCCCAUGAUGGGUUUCCCUGGUGGACGACCUUUCCACCACCACGCUCGCUUCUACAACGCCACCGCAGCAUCUACGUCUACCUCUGUCUCUACCACAGACGCUGCGGCUCGUCAGACAGACAGGAAGAGAGACGGCGAGCAGAUGGCAGCGGGAACCACAGACGACCAACCAGCAGCAGCUCAAAGCAGCAGUGAAGAUCCCGACAAGUCUCAAACAGAUAGUACUGUAGGAGGAGUGGAUGGAGGAGAGAUCUCAGAGAUCUCAGAGGAACAGCUUGAAGAACCUUCAGCAAAGCGGCAGAGAACAGAAGGGUGGGCAAACAGGCCAGAGGAACUUCAAGAUGAGUGUGUGGCUGAGGCUGGGACUACAGAUUAUAACAGUGAUGUAAUGGAUGCUCAGCCUGAAGGGUCUGUUUAUCUAGGCUGCAGCGUUCUGGAGGAUGAAAACUUUGAAGGGAGAUCAGAUGAUGACAAGGCACUGGAGGAUCUUAGUGCUGACCAGGUUUACAGCUGUACGUCGACCCCGUCUCCCUCAUGCGUGCUGAACGAAGACGAGCAGGUGGAAGAUUUCCCAGCAGAGGAGGCUUCGCAAGACAAAGACGCCCCGGCGGCUUCACCAGAGAACCAGGUUGAAGAGGAGGAAGCUGUGGCGGAGAGCUCCAACAAGUUCUAUUGCUACCUCUGCAGCAUCACCUGCCACAACCAGCAGAACUUCAGGAAUCACAUGAACAGCAUUUCCCACCAGCAGAGGAUGAUGGAAAUCCAGCACAUGAGCAACGCCUGCCUGGUUAGCCUGCUGCCUCGAGUUCAGGAGUCUCUUCAGGGAGCAAAUAAAGACGGGGAGAAAAAAGACUCGAAGCACUGGUGUGCCACGUGUCACACGCGCUUCACUUGUAGCGCCGAGGAGCACCAUCGCUCACAGGAGCACAAGCUCGCCAGUAGAAUCGACAUCUCCUUCUGUGCCGUUUGCAAGAAACACUUCAAGACCUCCGAGGACUUUUUAGAGCACUUGCACUCCCAGGAGCACAAACAGAAGCUCCAGGAUAAAGGCUGUGAAACUUUGACCAAGCUGAGCUCCCUGGACACUGGCGACUUCUUUCUAGAGAAGGGGGAGCAAGAAGAGGAGUGGCAGAAAAAUGAAGGAGAUGAACAGGAUGGCUGGUCCUCCCUUGAAGAAGGGAUUGAAAAUGAUGUGACCAAUGAGGAGCAGUAUGACCCUGACACCAUCUACGGAUCCAGUUUUUUAUAUCCAGUCGCCGGUUUCAUCUGCAGACUUUGCAACAAGUUUUACCUCCUUGAAUCUUCUGCCCUGAACGCUCACUGCAAAACACUGAAGCACUUUGAGAACCUCAAGAGGUACAGAGCGUUGCGGAGUCAACAAAGUGAAGCUUUUCAAUCUUCCAGAGAAUCUGUUCCACCAGCAGACAGCUCAAACCCUGCAACAGAAACCACAACAGACUGCUCGUUUGACACAAGCGCAGCCACUGAUCUUAACGUCAUGAAGCCAGUUGUUACGGUCGCCCAACUGAAAUUAAAGGAAGGAAGCCAACUGGAUGACAAACAAUCAGAAACUGACUCAGCCUCACAGGAUUUAGGCGUCUCAGCGACCGGCAGCCCAGAUGAAAACCUCAGCCAUCUCGAUGGGGAUGGAGACACCACAGCCCAGGAGGCUCCAGCUGAGAACGUCGGCUCCGAGACAGCGGCGGCUGCUGCUGAGGAAUCGAACAGAGAGGAGGAGGAGGUAGUUCCUGCUAGCCAAGGGAAAAAGAGCAGCACAGGGAAGGCAAAAACCCCCACAAAACGAAGGUCGGGGAGAUCCACAACUAGACGCUGAGUUCAAGCUACGAUAGAGAAAGGAAACCAUCUGAUGUGUUCUCUGGGACAGAAGAUGUUGGUCCAUUGUCUCCAAGUUAGAAAUUCAGAGGAAAUCAUGCACCAAUACGUAGGAAGAUUGGUUACUAAAUGCCAGUAAAAAAGAAAGGAUGGAUUAAAUUUCUCAGGCAGGGUGGGAAAUUGACAGCUGUUAAAAUUGUCAUCUGUGGGUAACACUUUUUGCUUUAUCUUACAGUUAAAUAGGUCUUUUUUAUUUUUGUGCAGACCGUAUCCUGUUCUCACUACCAGAAUACAGCAUCAGAUAAGUAAUUCAGCUUCACAUGAAUAAAAAAAGAAGGUCCUCAUGAUAAUUAACCAUCUACCAAAGUUCCUGUUUCAUAACUAACUGUUGACAUUUCGUCAUUGCCUUCUAUUUUUGGAGGGAUUGCUCACAAAAACGUUAAUUUUCCACCCUGCUGACCUCAAUUCAGAAGUUUAAUAUGAAGUCAUUGUCAGCUUUUGAUGCUUCUUAAACAAGCAUUUUGUUAAAAUCAGGUGUCGAAUGCUGUACUUGUGGUAAAGUGGAAACAUUUUCCACAUUGCUAACUGCAUAGCAAAUCCUUUUAGUAAGCUGAAAUGUAGAAUGUAACCUGAUGAGUGUUUGAUCAGGUGACAGCUGUUUAAAAGAAAAAGAAAAAAAAUGUGUUAAAUUUUAACUUUGUUUUCAAAUUUAAAUUUUUUAAUCUUACUAUAGCUUGCUUAGUGAAAUUUUGGGGACUAGUUUCACAUAAACAGACACGUCUAGAGUAAAAAUAUGACAACUUACGGCGGUCAGCAGCAGCUUUGUUGUCACUUCUUAAUUCUGAAGGAAAAUUAUAAGAAAUCUCUGACUUCGAGGGAUCUUAUUUGUUUUCAUUUGAGGCGGAUUUAAGCAGCUUCAAGAUCAGAAUCCAUGAAAAACAAAAUAUCUUCUGUUGGAUGGGUUGUAUUGGCAUCACAAAGGUUUUAUUCAGUUUGUUGUCUUGUUCCUCUGGAUGAUUAAAGUGUGCCUAUAGUUGGAGAGGAAAAAAAGACAUCAGAUGCACCUAUGAGCAUUCGCAGCGCAAAUACUGUGAUGGUGCGUAGUUGACACCAGUUUAUCAUUUAGUUUCUUUUCCUUUUAUAGAUUUCUGUUCUCUGGAAAUAAUCCAAAUUAAAUUUUCAUAAUGUGUGCUCAUAUAUAUAUUUUUAAUUUAGCAAACUAUCCCUGCAGGCUGUUGCCUCUGGUCUGAAGCACCAGUUAAAUCCAGUAGAUUACAAAAAGCGUGUAACUUCAUGUCAUUUCAGUGCUCCGAAAGGACAAAAGUGGGACAUUAGUGUGCUGAUCUGGAAACAUUUCAUCCUCUUCCAUGUUAGCAGAGGAUAUUACAGACCGGAAAAAGACUUGACACAUUUAGCAACUCGUGCACCUGUCACACGUUUAGUGUUUUAUUUCUGGAGGAACGAGGCGUGGUCUGAACUUUCCUUCUAGACUUUCUCAACCUGAAUGGAUCUGGAGCAAAAAAAAAAAAAAAGAAUUUCAAACACAACUAUGUUUCUUAUUGUAUUUUUAUUCAGCUACUGACAAAUUGAGACGAACGACCAGGUGAUGUUUUCUAACUGCUGGAGGUUUAAUGUAUUUUUGGAUGUUUGUUUUCUGUUUGCAAGUAAUCUUAAUUUAUAUUAAAAUGUCAGAGAAACCUCA